AUGGCUGAUGUGGGCUCGCAUCAUUUCGUCAAGGGUGCACAUCGCGAGGUGCUCGUACCGCAGCCUAGUGACGACCCGAAUGACCCAUUGAACUGGAGCAAUAUGAGGAAACUCGGAUGCAUCACAUCGGCUGCGGUGGUAACCUUCACCCAAGGAUUUGGCCCAUUGGCUCUUUCGCCUAUGUUUCCAGCAUACAUCAAGGAUUUCAAAACUGAUUUGGCUGGAGCUGUGCAAUUCACCGUUUCGCAACUCAUCAACUUCGGAUCCUCUAUCUGGCGCGCCAGGGCAAACACCUACGGUUCUUUCAUGGGCGCCUGCGUGCUCAACGGCAUUGGAGCUGGACCUGCCGAAACUACCAUGCCUGAAGUCAUCGCCGAUAUCUUCUUUCUUCAUGAUCGAGGCAAGUGGAACACGCUAUACUGGGUCGUCUACAUGGGCUCGCUCAUGGUUGGUCCCAUUAUCUCAGGCGCAAUGACCGAGACGGUGGGCUGGCGCAACUUUUGGUGGUUUAAUACUGCUUUGCUGGGUCUCUCAUUCUUGAUGGUCGUCUUCAUGUUCCCCGAGACGCGGUACCUGCGAAAAUUCCCAGGCGAUACCGAAACCAGCACAUCUGGGUCGUCUUUGGACGAAAAGAUCCAGGAGCAAAGGACCGAGGAGACUACAACUGCCGAUGGUAACGUCAUUGAACACGUCAAAACAGCGGAGUCAGUUCUACCUGGCGCCAAAGACCUCACAGUCUCUGAAACAGCUGCUCGCGAUCCUUUCCUCGGUAAAGGCGCACCCGGCAAAUGGCAAUGGCGCAUCUUCCAGCCAAACGCCCACCCCUUCCGCAGCAUUCUUCUCGAUCUCUGGACGCCUUGGAAACUGUUUGCGUUUCCGAUUGUAGAAUUCGCCUCCUUCGUCGUGUCCUGGUCCUGCUCUAGCUUCCUCGCCAUCAACCUGACGCAAUCUCAAGUGCUCGCACAGCCACCCUACAACUUCAAGCCCGUUCAGGUUGGAUUCACCAACUUCGCUAUCAUGGUCGGUGCGUUUAUCGGACUUUUCACUGCUGGUCCGUUGAGCGAUUGGGUGUCUUCUCGCUCGACAAGGAAGAAUAAUGGCAUCCGAGAGCCGGAGAUGAGACUGCCAGCAAUGAUCCCGUACGUAAUCAUCAUGUUGCUCGGAAAUAUUGUAGUGUCAAUUGGCUACGAGCGCAAAUGGCCGUGGCAAGCCAUUGUCGUGAUCGGCUUCGGAUGUGCUGCCAUCACGGUCAACAAGAAUUUAUGGGGAUAUGGGCUUGGAAAGUUCAUCACGCCAUGGACUUUGGAGAGCGGCUUCAUUAAGCCCAUCAUGACGAACGCAGCGCUCAUUACUCUAUGGUGUCUUUUCGGUAUCCUGUUCUGGUGGAAGGGGUAA